CGUCACAAACUCGCUUCGGCCGCCCUCGUCUCUCCCAUAGACGUUUAAUAAGCCCACAAGCCUUUUUUUCGUUCUCUUCAAUUUCAAAAACGGAGGGGGAGGCCGUUGCAUCUUUCCGGCAAGCCGACGGCGACCGAUCGUCACCUUCUUUUAUCCUCCGCUUCCUUUGACUUUGCCUCACCAGAUCGCUGCUAAAAUGGCUAAUACGAGGAACAUUUAUGAUAACAAUGGUGUUGGAUCAGAAGACACUGUGUAUCGUUACCUGUGCCCUGUGAGAAAAGCAGGGAGCAUUAUCGGUAAAGGCGGUGAGAUCGCUAAGCAGAUAAGGUCUGAGACGAAGGCAAACAUGAGGAUCAACGAGGCUUUACCUGGUUGCGACGAGCGCGUUGUGACUAUAUACUCAACUAGCGAGGAGACGAAUUGUAUUGGAGAUGAUGAGGAGUUUGCUUGUCCUGCUUUCGAUGCGCUUCUCAAGGUUCAUAAUAUGGUUGUGGCUGGAGAGGGGGACACUUAUGGUUAUGAUGAGUAUACCGUUGCUGCGAGGAUGCUUGUGGCCUCGGAUCAAAUUGGUUGCCUUAUUGGGAAAGGUGGGCAGGUGAUUCAGAAAUUGCGUGAGGAGACCAAUGCUCAGAUUCGUGUUAUUAACGAUAAUCUUCCUCUUUGUGCUUUGGCUUUGAGCAGCGAUGAGCUUCUUCAGAUCAUUGGAGAGCCCUUAGCUGUAAGAGAAGCUCUUUAUCAAGUUGCCUCUUUGCUUUAUGAUAAUCCGUCGCGGUUUCAGCACUACUUUCUGUCUUCUUCUUCAAGUAGUCUGCACCAGCAACAAUCCGGUGGAAUGCUGAUGAAUCCUCCACUGACUAUCUCUCACAAAAACUACUCUGCUUCAAGAGAUGUUGCUGAGCCAAGAGAGUUUUCUAUCUGCUUCAUCUGUCCAGCUGAAAACGUUGGAGGUGUUAUAGGAAAAGGCGGCAGUUUCAUAAAUCAGAUUAGGCAAGAAUCUGGUGCAGUUAUUAAAGUCAAUACCUCUGAAACUGAUGAAGAUGACGACUGUAUCAUUUUCAUAUCAUCAAAGGAGUUCUUCGAAGAUCACUCCCCAACAGUGGAUGCAGCAUUACGCUUACAAAUGCGAUGCAGUGAGAAAGUAGGGAAAGACUCGACAGAUUCUGCAAUAUCAACUCGUGUUCUUGUUCCUAGUUCACGGGUAGGGUGUCUCAUUGGGAAAGGUGGAGCUAUUAUAUCCGAGAUGAGGGGUGUCACUAAAGCCAAUAUCCGCAUUGUUCAAGGCGAAGACGUACCACAAAUUGCUCGUGAGGAUGAGGAGAUGGUACAGAUAACAGGAAGUCUUGAUGCAGCAAUCAAGGCACUUACGCAAGUGAUGUUGCGAUUAAGAGCUAGUGUCUUCGACAUGGAUCGUGGUCUUGUCUUGCUUCCAACGUUCUUUCCUUAUAUAUCUCAAGCGACAGAGACUUCUAGCAAGCCUAAGCAGAGGAAACGCGAGAACCAUUCUCAUGGUUCAAUGGAAAUUGGUAGAAAUGAAGACUAUGCCAACCAAAUGAACUCAAAUUCCCAUAGAAGAAAUCAUGUCUAUUGAUCACUGAACCACUUCAAAAGGUUCAUUGUUCUGCGUUUUAGACACUUAGAUUAUGGGCUGUUUCUUUUUGGGUAAACACUUGGCGUUUUUUUGUGAUCCAAGGAAAAGAAGGAUUGACAGUGGCACCACUUGUUGUGAGGGUGAACCCAAACUUGAAUGUUGUUCUUACGGCAUGCCUCACUGUUUACGUGGGUUGCUUUCGUUCCGUGAAGGACUCUCCUCCAAC